AUGCACGCCUCGAGAAUUCUUUUGCAAGCUGCCGCCAAGAAGCAGGCGAAGAAGACGCCCGUCCCCGUCGAGUUGUACCCGCUUUUCGCCGCCGUCGGCGUCGCCAUCGCCUCGGGGUGCUUCUUCACCUACCGCCACUUCGCCCACGACCAGCAGUUGAGAUUGUGGGAAAACCCUAACCUUUCCAAGCUCGACGAAGUGUUGAACGAAAACACCGAAAAGAAGGAAUAA